CAAAUUAUCCAAACGAUCCACAAAAAGCAAAUGAUCCAAAUGAUUCACAAAAAGCAAAUGAUCCAAAUGAUCUACAAAAAGCAAAUGAUCCAAAUGAUCCACAAAAAGCAAAUGAUCCCCAAAAAGCAAAUGAUCCAAAUGAUCCACAAAAAGCAAAUUAUCCACAAAAAGCAAAUGAUCCAAAUGAUCCACAAAAAGCAAAUGAUCCAAAUGAUCUACAAAAAGCAAAUGAUCCAAAUGAUCCACAAAAAGCAAAUGAUCCAAAUGAUCCACAAAAAGCAAAUGAUCCAAAUGAUCUACAAAAAGCAAAUGAUCCAAAUGAUCCACAAAAAGCAAAUGAUCCAAAUAAUCCACAAAAAGCAAAUGAUCCAAAUGAUCCACAAAAAGCAAAUGAUCCAAAUGGUCUACAAAAAGCAAAUGAUCCAAAUGAUCUACAAAAAGCAAAUGAUCUAAAAUGAUCCACAAAAAGCAAAUGAUCCAAAUGAUCCACAAAAAGCAAAUGAUCCAAAUGAUCCACAAAAAGCAAAUGAUCCAAAUGAUCCACAAAAAGCAAAUGAUCCAAAUGAUCCACAAAAAGCAAAUGAUCCAAAUGAUCCACAAAAAGCAAAUGAUCCAAAUGAUCCACAAAAAGCAAAUGAUCCAAAUGAUCCACAAAAAGCAAAUGAUCCAAAUGAUCUACAAAAAGCAAAUGAUCCAAAUGAUCUACAAAAAGCAAAUGAUCCAAAUGAUCUACAAAAAGCAAAUGAUCCAAAUGAUCCACAAAAAGCAAAUGAUCCAAAUGAUCUACAAAAAGCAAAUGAUCCGAAUGAUCUACAAAAAGGAAACGAUCCAAAUGCACCAGCCAAAAAGCAAAAGAUCCGAAUGAUCUUACAAAAAGGAAACGAUCCAAAUGCACCGGCCAAAAAGCCUGACGAUCCAAAACAAAUAGGUAGCUAA